AUGGGCCGCCCGUACCACAACAACAACAACCGCGGCAAGGGCGGCCGCGGACGCGGCCGCGGGCGCGGGCGCGGCCGCGGCCCGCAGAACCGGGAGCAGGAGGCGGCCGUGCGGCGCGUGCUCGCGCACCUGGCCGCGGGCACGCUCGAGCACGUGAAGCUCGUCGGCGAGGACGCGGCGGUGUGUAACGUAGUGAACGGCCUCGUCGCGUUCUCGCCGGCGCUCGGCGGCCGCGAGCGGUCCAUCGCGCACGGCGUCGCCGGCGACCUCGGCCUCUACCACUGGUCCGAGGGCGACGGCGAGGCCCGCCGCGCCUACGCGUCGCGGGACCCGCGGCCGGACCCGGGCGGCGGCCGCGCGGCGGCGGCCGUGGCGGCCGUCGCGCGCGCGUUCCUCGACAAGCCCCAGGCGUCGUGGCCGCCGCUCGCGAACGACCUCCGGCGCGUCUCCGAGGGCGCGGCCGCGCGAUGGGAGCGGCGGCGCGGCGACGACUGGGAAACGACGGACGAGCGGCCGGUGCACCCGCACGCGGACCGCGUCGCCGCGCUGCUCGCGGCGCCGCCGACGCGCGCGAGCCCCGCGGCGCCCGUCGCGCGCCGCGCGGCGGCGCCGCGGCCCGUGAACUUCGUCGACUCGACGGAGGCGCUCGCGGCGCUCGCGCGCGCCCUCGAGGGCGUCGACGUCUUCGGCGUCGACCUCGAGGCGCACGCGGAGCACAGCUACGAGUCCAUCGCGUGCCUCGUCCAGAUCUCGACGGCCGACGUGGACUACGUCGUCGACGCCUUGGCGCUCCGCUUCGAGCUGCGGGCCCUGGCCCCGGCCUUUGCGGAUCCCAACAUCCGCAAGGUCUUCCACGCGUGCCAGGGCGUCGACAUCCCGCGGCUCCAGCGCGACUUCGGCAUCUUCGUCGUCAACGUCUUCGACACGCAAGAGGCCGCGCGCUGUGCCGCGCGCGUGUUGGGCGCGCCGCUGGGCUUGGUCGCGCUCUACGCGAGCGCCGGCGUCAUAUCGACGGCGCGGCGCGACGAAUUGGAGAGUCUCAAGCGCGCGUACCAGAACUGCGACUGGCGGUCGCGGCCGCUGUCGCCGGCGCAACUCGAGUACGCGGUCUGCGACGCGCGCCACCUCGUCGACCUCGAGGCCUACCUGAACCGGGAGCUCCGGCACUUCGACCCGCUCCGCGACUACGGCCUGCCGCCGGGGGGCGCGGCCCGGGACGCGCCGCGCCCGCCGCCGCCGCCCGGCCCGCGGGAGGCCGCCGGCGACGAGGAGGCGGACAUGGUCGCGUCCGCGUACUGCAAGUCGCAGCGCGCGACGCUCUGCCUCUGGCGCGCGCCGCGGUCGCCGCGAUUGCAGGCCGCGCGCGACAAGCAGUUCGCGGCGCUCGCGCGCGACGCCGCGCCGCGCUUCUCCGCGCUCGUCGCGUGGCGCGACGCCGAGGCGCGCCGCCUCGACGAGGGGCCCCACGCGGUCUGCCCGUCCGCCGCGCUGGCGGCCUUCGCGAAGCGGUGGCCGACGACGCUCCGCGGGCUGCUCCUGGCCUUCGACCCGCUCCCGCCCCUCGUCGCGACGGACGCCUUCGGCGUCCGGGCCAGCCUCCUCGCGUGCCUCGCGGCGCUCGCCGAAAACCAAGUUAACCCCUACUUGUAA